GCGAAAUGACGCCCAGUGCGGAAGUGAAGGCGAACUGAUCAGUCGCUCAGCGUGUCUCCGUCACUCUCAUCGAAACCAAUCUCACAUAGCUCCAUCAUGCUUGGUGGAGGAUUUAAAUCAGAGAGACUUCGUGUCAAUCUCAGGCUCGUCAUAAACCGCCUCAAACUUCUCGAGAAGAAAAAAACUGAAUUAGCCCAGAAGGCUCGUAAGGAAAUCUCAGACUACCUGUCGGCGGGCAAAGAUGAGCGUGCGAGGAUCAGAGUCGAGCACAUCAUCAGAGAAGAUUAUUUGGUGGAGGCCAUGGAGAUCCUGGAGUUAUACUGUGAUCUGCUGCUCACCCGCUUUGGCUUAAUACAGUCCAUGAAAGAACUCGACCCUGGUCUACAGGAAGCAGUGUCCACACUCAUCUGGGCUGCACCCCGUCUGCAAUCAGAAAUCGCAGAGUUGAAGAUUGUUUCAGACCAGCUGUGUGCCAAAUACAGCAAAGAGUACGGAAAGCUUUGCAGGACAAACCAGAUCGGAUCAGUCAAUGAUAGGCUUAUACACAAACUGAGCGUGGAGGCUCCUCCAAAGAUUUUGGUGGAGCGUUACCUCAUUGAGAUUGCCAAAAACUACAACGUCCCCUACGAACCUGACGCCAUGGUUCGGCCAGAGGUGUGUACGGGUGAAGAAGUCGAUCUGAUCAAUGUGGACAGUGACUUUAAGAAGCCUGGAGCUGGUGGAGGUGGUGGAGGAGGGUUCACUGCCCCAGCUGUAGGCAUGCCUAUGCCUAUGCCCAUGCCAAUGCCGAUGCCCAUGCCCACAGCAUUUAACUACCCACCACCCAAAGGAGCUGAGCCUUUUAAUGGUCCAGUUGGCAACUAUGAUGGCUUUAACAACUUCCAGCCCCCAGUAAGAGGAGGGCAGCCCCCACAGCUCCCCAGCUGCCCCCCCACCUAUGAAUCUAUCAACGAGUUAUCAAUCAAACCCUCUGAUCCUUCCCAGGUGAUCCCAGGCCCAGCCCCGUCUGCUCGGAUCUACGACAACACGACCCUUCCUGAGCUUCCGUCUGUUCCUGACACACUUCCUGCAUCCUCGUUUGGAGGGAACGCCAACGCAUCAGACGACAUCGACUUUGACGACCUGUCAAGACGCUUUGAAGAACUCAAAAAGAAGACCUAAUUAUCAAGAGAACAUCUGAGAGUCAAGACAUCUUUAUAACCCUUAGCUGCCUGUCCGUAUUCACAUACACACUGCUCUCUGUACUUUUGGUGGAGGUGUAUUAUAAUAUUUGUUACUUAUCAGAAUGAAGGAUCUGAUGCAGUAUAGACAGACGCUUGUGAAUGGCAGUGGCAGAAAAUUCUACAAAUUCACUUAGACUUUUACCUACAGUAACACGGACUGUUGGUACAACGCCUACCCUUUUUAUGAGCAUUUUGCAUAUAGGGCCUAGCUGUCAACUACAACUGGUUAGUCAUCUUUAAUGUAUUCUAACUCCAGUGGCAUAUAUGACCACCUCUAAAUGAUUAUAUAUAGUGUAUAUAUCACUCCUAUCUGUUAGCUUCCACCCACUUUUAGGAAACGAUGAUCUCAAUUGUAACUUACUUGUUUCCAGUAAAUCUCAAAUCUCUAUUCAUCUCAGUCAGAGUCAUUUAGGAAGAAGCAGGUAUAACCUGUUGGCUUUAUUUACACCCAGAGUCAUCCAAUGAAUGACUUUCUGUAUGUCACUGGAUGAUGUAAUGGACUGUCUGUGGAUCGAAAUGGCACGGUGGUUUUGUUUUAUACAGACAAGGCUAAAAUCUGUGGAAAUGAGUGAUGUUUUGGGCAAUACAGGGAAUAGUGGUGGGAUUCUCAACACCAAAGUUUGCUUUUCUCUAGUGGUCAGAUCAUAGAAUUAAAGAAACGAUUGUUUUAUUUUGGCCUCCCUCAGAUUGGGCUUGCUGUCUUUGUGUACUAAAGUCAAGCAUUUCAUUUCAUUGUUUUGUGCUCUUUUAGUUAAAGGGAUAGUUCCUGAUGUCGGUCCAAACUUGUAUGACUUUCUUUCUUCUGUGGAACACAAAAGAUGUUUUGAAGAAUGUUUCAACUAGAGGUCGACCGAUAGUGGAUUUUGCCGAUACCGAUAACUAAGCUGGUGGGAAAGGCCGAUAACCGAUUAAUCGGCCGAUAGUUUUUAAAAUAGAUUUUUAGAAUGUCAAAAUAUUUCUUGUUCUUUCCUUACACUGGCUUUGUUUCCAUCCAAGUUGCAAAUUUAAUUUAUGCGAAAAACCAUAUCUAUAAGAUAUUUUUCAAAAGUGUCAAUAAACCUGUUCCGUACAGUUCAAGUUUGUUUUCGAUUUAUUUGCACUGCAAACUCUUUGUAGGCUUUGGAUUUUCUAUAUAUAUAUUUCAGGAUGAUUAGAGCAACAUUUCAGAUGCGAUGAUUGGUCCGCUGGUUAGUCCAGAUAUUAACAAGUUAUUUAGUCACAUGAACUUUUUUAUGCGUAUCUUUUAUUCCUAACAAAUUCAAUAGGAGUUUAGUCGGUAAAUGUGUUUCCAUCAUAGUUUAUGCACAUUUCUUCUUAUAGAAUAAAAAAUGUCUCCAUCUCAAGCGAGAGUAUAAUUUUUUUUAUACGUAUUUAUUCGCAUCUUUGUGUUUUUCCAUCCAGCAGUUUUUAUGUGAUAUCCCAAAAUAAAAAAACAUUGAUGGAAACAUAGCUUAUGACAGGCACAGACAAUGAGUCCUAAAUGCAUAAAAUCCCAGAUGCAGUUUAUUGUUCAACCAAUAUUCAAGAUUUGGUGCAUAACACGGGAAUUUUAUGUAUAAACAGGCCCAAAACACUCUGGGGACUCUUAUUUGAAAUGCAAGAAUGGUGAAAAAACUAUUGGCAACUAUAUUGGCCAUAGAUUUUGCCGAUAAUGAUAGUUCCAAAAUGCAACUAUUGGCAUCGUUUAAUCGGUAAAACCAAUUUCAACUGUUUUUGUCCAUACAAUGAAAGUCAAAAGGGUCCAAAACAACACUGGACCCCAUUGACUUUCAUUGUAUGGACAAAAAAACAAACAAACACUGAGACAUUUUUCAAAAUAUCUUCUUUUGUGUUACACAGAAGAAAGAAAUGCAUACAGGUUUGGAGCGACAUGAGGGUGAGAAAAUGAUGGGAUACUUUUCAUUUUUGAGUAAACUAUCCCUUUAAGACCUUCCUAAUUUGACUCAAAAGGAAACGUUUUGUGAAUUUAGAAUCAGUCUACAGUUCAUAGUACUCUUGUAAUGUCUAUGUGUUCUCCAAAAUGGGUUUGCCUUAUUGCUGUCUCUAAAACAGUGGCCUUGCUGUUCCACACCUUUCUCUGGGACAGCUUUUAACAGCUUGCACAGUGAACACCACAUUUGCAUACGUCAUUUUAUAGGCCUAUGUUCAUUAGUCUCUUUGGUGAGAGUUUAAAAUAUUAUUACCUUUUUUUGUUUUCAUUAUGAGUCGAUUAUGCCUGAGUUUCAAUGUUAUGUUUGUUUUGAAAGCGUGAGAAGUGUUAGUUGGCUUUGUAUCUGUGCGGCAGCUCUGCUUUUGACUUUAUAACACUAAAUUGUGCAUUUCCUCAAUCUGAAUGUGAUUCUGGCAUAUUAGGUAUGUUUGUUACUGAUUUUAGCUUGCAUUGAAAACAUAUCGGAUACUU